AUGGUCCUCUACACGGAUCCCCCGCCGCUGCGCCCGUUCAGCAAUGACAAGCCGACCCUCCUGGUGUGCUGGUGGAUCACCAUGUUCUGCGCCGUCAUCAUCCUCUUGCGGGUGUGCGGCAGGCUCGUGCGGACAGAGAGGCUGUUCCGGGAAGAUAAGAUGGCAGCUCUGGCUCUGGUGCCGCUGUUUCUGCGAAUGGGAUGCGUCCAUGUCAUACUGCUCUUCGGAACCAAUAACGUGCAGCUGGACAAUGUCAGGCUUUCGGACGAGGGGCUGCGCAGGAGGGAGAUCGCAAGCGGGUUGGUCUUGCUGAGUCGGUUUUUUCGGCGCCUCAAUGUGACAUGGGAACGGUCGUAUGAGCUUUCGUUGAGGUUCAUCCGUGCUGUUCUCGUUGCAACGUUCAUCGCCGUUGUGAUCAGUGACCUGACGGAAUGUCAGCCCUUUUCACACUACUGGCAAGUCCUCCCGGAUCCUGGCGGGAGAUGCCGUCAGGGGUAUGCGCAGCUCUUGACAAUGGCCGUCUGCAACGUGUUUACAGACUUGCUGUUGAUCAUCUGCCCUGUGCCCAUCAUCGUUCGGAGCACGAUGAGCACCAAGAGAAAAGCCCAGCUUGUCAUGCUCUUCUCCCUCAGCCUUGCGCCCAUUGGAGUGACCAUCUACCGGGUGCCACACAUUAUUAACGAACAGGGGAGUCAACAAAGCCGAUCUCUCUACGCCUCGAUCGAGCUUCUCUUUGCGACGGCUGCAGCCAACGCCCUCGUACUCGGGUCUUUUGUUCGGGACAGGGGCGUCAAGAAGAGGAAGUACAAGUACGACUCGGUUGCAGUAGCGUCCACCAUUGACCGUUCAUCCGCCUCCGAGUCGCGACGGCCAACCGUUUUGAAGCAUUGGGGGAGUGACGAGGAUUUGGUGCGGGAUAUGGGAUACGCCGUCAAGCCCGAGCUCCGAGAAUCACAGCCCACCGGAAACGAGAACCCAGUGUUCACGCCCGCGCCUAUUGCGACCACCAAGCUGCACGAAGACAUGACCUCUUGGCAGUUCCCGGGUGCCAACCGAGCCAGCGCAGCGCAAAGCGACGACCCAUUGAUUUCAAGCGACCCAGUCCCAUCCGUCAGGAGUAAUUCGACAGCAACCCGACGCGUGUCGUUUUUCGACUACGGCGGUCUUCUCGAUGACGUAGGGCCCACGAGUCGACGAGGCAGUUAUCUGUCUUCGAAGGACAUUCCAGUUGGGCUAACGACAACUCACCCCUCACCAGCGGUGCAAGCAAGCGGCAACGGUCUCCGAAGGGGCUCGGCAGCCCUGCUGCAAGAUCUCGGAGGAUUCCUGAGUCCCCUAACCUCGAUCCAACCAAAGGCGAAGCCGAAACCACCGAGUCUGGAGCCCAUUGAGCAGUCGACCCAGGAGGGAUCUAACGCUGCACCGGGAUAUUCCAUGCCUUCGCCGGAGAAGGCAGGACCGGAGUUGCUGGAUCCUGGGGGGUUGCUCAACGGCAACGGGGCCUGCACUGAGGACUUGAGCAGCGGCUUUGUUUGA